GGCUUAGCAUGACGUACUGCAACUUUGAGUUUAAUCAUGAGGAUCCUCAGCAAUCCUCAACUUCUCCAGGAGAACGGAACAUCACGAUUAGCCUCACCUGUGUGUAAAGGAAGAAAAAAAACGGUAAAACUUGGGGGGGGGGAAGCCUUAUGAAAUUUUAAGUUUCUGUCACAAUGGGAGAGGAGAUAGCUUUGAAAAAAUAACAAUCCUGUGCUACCCCAAGGUCCUCCUGGGUGCUUCAUCUCUGCUGUUUUGUCGUGGGAUGGAUUACAGGUUGAGCUGACUCUCCUGUCCCGUUGGACCAGCCAAGGAGACCUUGAUAGCAAAGAGACGGAUCGCACAUUCAAGAACACCUUGAAGCGCCUGCUGUUCUAUAUUAUUAUUUGACCCUCCUUUUCACAGGCAAGGACACAUCCCAGGUUGAACAAUGGUUUUGAUGUUGGUCAAGUUUGACCUGAAGAAGCGAGUAAAGCUCGCUCAGACAGUCUGGUUCAUGUACUGGUUCGCUGUAAUGGCCGGCGUGCUGGUCUUCAGCAUGGGCCUAUUCUUUAAGAUCGAGCUGCGAAAGCGCUCAGAACUUAUGGACAACAACGAGAGCCACUUCUUGCCCAACCUGCUCAUAUUAAUGGGUCUAAUAACCUGCGGCAUUAAUGCCUUUGGAGGCAAAAUCUGCUACGACUCACUAGACCCUAACAAGUUUGUAAAGUGGAAGUCCAUGUUGAAGAGCUUCUUGGUGUUAUGUGUGGUGUUCAAUGGCCUAUUGUUACUGACGGCCCUGAUGUGUUUCUUGAUGAGGAUUCCUCUGCAGUUCACCCUGGCUGAGGGGCUGAAGAACGGCAUGAGGUACUACAAGGACACAGACACACCGGGACGCUGCUACAUGAAGAGGACCCUGGACCUGACGCAGAUGGAGUUCCGUUGCUGCGGAAAUGACAACUACAGAGACUGGUUUGAGAUUCAGUGGGUUAGCAACCGCUACCUGGACUUUGGGGCAAAAGAAGUCAAAGACUCCCCCAGACCCUGCAUCCAGAACCAGAUGACCAACAACACUGCCCACUACAGCUAUGACCACUACACGGAGGAGCUCAAUGUGUGGAAGCACGGCUGCCGUGACGCCAUGUUGUCCUACUAUGGAGGCAUGAUGAACACCAUCGGAGCCCUGGUGCUAUUGGUCACUAUUCUGGAGGUUGCUGUGACCAUCGGCCUGCAGUACGUCAACAGCUCCCUGUCCACCCUGGCUAACCCGGAGGACCCGGAGAGUGAGAGCGAGGGCUGGAUCCUGGAGAAGACUGUGAAGGAGACAUUCACCGACAUCAUGGCCACGAUGAAGUCCAUGGGCAAAGGCACAAAGGUGGAGGAGGGGGGUGAGGCAGCGGUCGCCACGGUCAGCUGA